AUGUCGACAAUCCUAUUACCAUUUUUAAAUAACUUGUCAGCGCUCACAGGAGGCGUUCCACUUGAUUACCUUCGAUUGAUUAUCAAUUUAUUAGCAAAUUACCCGGCUGCUUUAUUUUAUAAAACAAUACCACACGAUAAACCAAAUGUUAAACAUUUAUAUUCUAUUAUGAUGUCCAUUUUGGCUCGUGGUAGCUUUGGUAUUAUUGCACUUGACCAUAUUUAUCGACAAGUUAACAGUCUAACAUAUGAUCAAUAUGAUACAACGGGACCACAAAUGGUCCUAAUUAUUAAACUUACUUCAUUCGCAUUUAAUGUUUAUGAUGGAAGAAGGCCAGCUCAUGAAUUAACAUCAUAUCAAAAACUUAAAUCUGUUACUAAAAUGCCUUCAAUUCUUGAAUAUCUUGGAUUUGUAUUUUUUUUUGGUGGAUUUAUGGUUGGCCCCGCAUUUGAAUUUAUGGAUUAUAGGCAAUUUACAAAUAUGGAAAUGUUUAGAAUUGAUAAUAAUAACGACAAUAAAGCAAAAAACAACACAAAGAAGUAUUAUGUACCAAAUGGAUUUGUACCUUCAAUGGGUAAAUUACUGUUUGGAUUAUUUUGGGUUGUUUGUACUUAUUUAUUGGGUAAAAAAUACGAUACAGAUUGGAUUUUAACUAAAGAAUAUCGAUCAAAAUCAUUAUUUAAUAGAUUAUUAUUCAUACAAAUAUCUGCUUUUUGCGCAAGAUUUAAAUAUUAUAUUGUAUGGUUGCUAGCAGAAGGUUCAUGUGUUCUUAGUGGCAUCGGAUUUAAUGGUUAUGAUGGAAAGGGAAAUGCAAAAUGGGAUCGUGUUUCAAACAUUAAUGUGAUAGCUUAUGAAACUGCUGAUAAUCCUAAACACUUAUUAGAAGCUUGGAAUAUGAAUACAAAUAAAUGGUUAAAGAAUUAUGUUUAUUUGAGGAUAACGCCUCCCGGGCAAAAGCCGACUUUCCUUUCUACUUUUGCUACCUUUGGUACUAGUGCUGUUUGGCAUGGAUUUUAUCCCGGUUAUUAUCGUAUUGACAUUUGCCAGUGGAGCAUUUAUUCAAAGCCUCCAUCGAUGUAUGUAACUGUUUCGCGUGAUUUUGUUGAUGCGUGA